CCGGCAGCCAUCGCGCUCAGGGGGUUGGCGGCGACGGCGGGAGCAGGAGCGGCAGCAGCAGCAGCAGCGUCAGGAGGAGCAGGAGCAGGGGGGUCUCGCUGUCCCGCUGGCAGGCCCUUUAAGAUCUGGAUAUGUCCUUCAUAUUUGAUUGGAUUUACAGUGGUUUCAGCAGUGUACUACAAUUUUUAGGACUGUACAAGAAGUCUGGAAAGCUAGUAUUUCUGGGACUGGACAAUGCCGGAAAAACAACAUUACUUCACAUGCUGAAAGAUGACAGACUUGGACAGUAUGUCCCUACAUUACAUCCCACUUCAGAAGAGCUGACGAUCGCUGGAAUGACUUUCACUACCUUCGAUCUGGGUGGCCAUGUCCAAGCUCGCAGGGUUUGGAAGAACUACCUGCCGGCCAUCAACGGCAUUGUGUUUCUGGUGGACUGUGCGGAUCACGAUCGGCUGCUGGAGUCCAAACAGGAACUUGACUCACUAAUGACCGACGAAACAAUUGCUAAUGUGCCUAUCCUAAUUCUUGGAAACAAGAUCGACAGACCCGAAGCCGUUAGCGAAGAGAGGUUACGGGAGAUGUUUGGUCUGUAUGGACAGACAACAGGAAAGGGCAACGUUUCGUUGAAAGAGCUGAAUGCCAGGCCCUUAGAAGUCUUCAUGUGCAGCGUGCUAAAGAGGCAAGGCUACGGAGAAGGCUUCCGAUGGGUCGCCCAGUACAUCGAUUAACGCCCUGUUUACAUCAGGUCCCCUGUCUGAGUUUUAAACCUGCUCAGUUGUUUGAUCACUUAGCAUACAUCACUUGAAUUCAAUAGACUUUUUGUUGGUUAUGAAGCGUAUUAUUUUUUAGAUUGUUAAUGUAUCAUAGUUAAUUUGUGAGGCUUGAAAACCGAUUACAGGUUAGUUUAAAGAUCACAAGGUUUCCUUUCUAAUCUCAUGAUAUAGUUUGCGCUCUUAGGGCGUUUUCUAAUUUGACCUUAGCACCCGGCAUCUAUGGGCAGAGGGGGCUUUCCAGUUCCGUGUGUUGAAAUGCACUUUUUAACAGCUCAAAUCUACAGAUUUGUGAAUGGUAUUUAAUGCUCAUCACCUUAAAUUUUUUUAUUGUGUUCUUUUUUGGAACCGGUUUUAUAAAUUUAGAUGAAAUAACCAGCUGUCUUUAAGGUAUAGUUAAUAAUUAGCUUAUUAAUUGCAUGAUGCCUUACGGUUUUCAAAAAUAUUCUUUCUUAUGCAACGUCAUGCAAUAAAACAAAAUCGAAUUUUUGGUGAAAUGUUUCAUUUUCAUGGGUCUGACCUAGGGAAGAUAUCCUAGGAAUAUGAGGCGGUGGGCUGUUCAGUGAAACGGGGACGAAGACUGAACUUUUCGCAUUCGUUAAGGUGGCUUGCGACUGGUUGCUGUUUGAGACAGCUUCUGACUCCAGGCUGUCACUUAUUCGUCAUUUUCACUUCAGUAAGGAAUUAGCGCCAGUAAGGUCCAUUUCUCAGUGGUCCAUUUCAUUCGCCUCCCAGAGAAAGAGAAGACUCUGGAAUGGGGCGUGAUCCACAUUUUCGUUUAAGGGACCGUAACUCGGUCACGACGCGAGUCUCUGAACGUCAUUCGAGCUUGUCGGUGCUGUUUUUUGGGCUCCUUCAUCCGGGCAGGUGAUGGAGAAGCCCUGCCCUCUUCACGUGUAGUGUCAUCUCCGGUGCAAACGAGAGGCAGCGGCUUUUGUGACUUUCCCACAAGUUGACCUACCCAUUUGCCUCAGUCAAGAGACGCGGCCUACUCUUCGUUUACAUUCUGUGUGUUUGGUUAUCGGGGAGAUUUGUGUGAGGUGGCUGGGUGUUUUUGUUUUGUGCUCUGCUCAUUCUGAUUAAGCUCUCAUUUGUCUCCUGGCCUAGAAGGAAGAUGAUUUUGUGGCCAGGGGGAAAGUGACCAUUCAGUUUUUCACCAUGGCGGUCAGUUCCUCGCAGGUGAUUCUUGCUGUACAUUGUUCUUCCGGCGUCCGAGUGUCCAUUUUUCUAGAAGUUCCCGCACCUCGUAGCUCCCUGGAAGCCCUCCCCAAGUAUUUGAGUAAAACUUUACUUAGCUUGCCCAGCCAUCUAUAGUCGAAACAGAAGUUUGGAGACUUAAAAUCUCUGACUUGGCCCUGGUUCUUCUAAUCAGUUAUAGGUCAGAAGUAAAUUCUCUGUGGCUGUUUGAGACUUCAGGGACAUUUUAAGCAAAAGGUGUCAUUUUUGGUUACAUAGGUAUUGGGCUAGUCAUUUGUCAACUCUGUUCAGUGUGUAACUCCAAGAUGAAACACUUAUUGGUUUGUCAGUCACGACAGCGUUUCCCUCAUCCUGGCCUGACCUGGGAUCCACAGGGUUGAACGCUGCUUGAUAACAGAAGGGAAAGGGAGAUCUUACUAGGGUGAUUUUUUUUUUCUUUGGUUGGGGAUCCGAAUCUUCAGGGUUAUUUUUAACCUAGAAAUUAGACUUUUCUCUAAUUUCUGGCCACCAAGUUUGGCAUCGUUUCCUUUUUUAGAGAAAAUAAAAGUGCUGUUCUGAUUGGCUAAGGACAUGGUAGAAUGGAAGAGAAAAUAUAGCCUGUUGGUACUGCAUUUUGUGUGAGAGCUGUAGGAGAAGAAAACCCGUGGAUAUGCCGCCGAGUUGAAGAACACUGCCCUUUCAGCUUAAUAAACAGCUCCUACCGAUCGUAUUCAUUAUAAAUGCAUUUUGAGGAAACCGAUUUUUUGACUCCCUUUAUGGAGUUCAGGAAACAAGUGAACUCACAACUAGGCAUGUGGGGAAAACAACUUCUCUCUAUAAAUGACCCCGUUCAGAACUCCACAUCCGUUCUAUUUGUGGGAGCGUAAUUGGCUUCUUCCUUCCACCAGGCCCACUUGGGAAUCGGAGUGAUCGGGUCUGAAACGAGAGAUAAACCAAGCCAGGUAAGUUCACCUCACACAGUAGGUUCCAGCAGAGUGGCGGUGAGGUGGGAGAUGAGGGUCCCUGUUGCCACGACAGAGGGAAAUGAAGCUGGACAGAACAGUGUUUAAGUUCCCUCCCCUUGGGGGAAGCGUGCUCACAGAACCUUUUCUCCAGACUGAUCCAUGAAGUGGCUUGGAAUAAGACUCCCCAGGAGGUUGCUUAUGUGAUGCUAUUCCCAGGCUCCCACAAGAAAGUGAAGGUGACACCGAGAAGCAGUAGAAGGGCUUUGAGGAAAAUGGGGAUGAUACAAAUACCCUGUGUGUUUUGUGUACAUGUUGCUUUUUCAUAGUAAAAUUUAGUGUUUGGAAAAACGCCAACUUUUAUAUUUCACACUGUCAGGUGAUAAGUUUAAAAUGCAAGUGUAGCACUAGGGCACGGAGACACUGGACACCAAACCAAGUAUCACUCAGGGUGAAGCAAAGUAGAUGCUACAGAAUAUUUGUGGGCAGGACAAAUGGAAAAAAAGUUUAAUAAAGUUUUGCUACCGGAGUGGCUCGAAGUUUCGUUUCUCAAGUGUGUACACUUAAAGAGGUGCUCAUCGCCAUUUUAGGUUUCAAGUCCUCGCUGUUGUGAAAUGUAAUUUUGGUAUUAGGCUGACUGAUGUUAAUGUUUGGCUUUAUCAUUGAAUUUUCAUGUGCACUGAAUGGUAGCAGGAACACAUUGGAGAAUUUCUCCUUCUGGACAUUCUCCACUGCCGUCAUUGAAAUCAGUGUUGCUUUUUGUGUGUGUCACAGAUUUUUAAAAGUAUACAUUCAAAUGUUGCCCAAAUAGAUCUAAAAUAGAACAUGUGUGUCACGUAAGCACCGAAACGCACACUGGAGACGUGGCUUAAGAAACAGUAGUAUGCUAAUCAUUUAAAGUGAACCCCUGUUGAAUUUCAUAGCUCUUCCAGAGUUGAGGAGCAGUUCAUAAAAUGGGCAUGGAAUAAUAGUGACACCAGCAAAUGAUCGAAUGAGCAGUUCCCGGGGAUAAAGCCUUUCUCCUCCACAAGAUAAUUGAACAGCAAUAUUUAGAAUCUAGUGCUUUUUACACAUCCCAUGUGUUUUCUAGAACCGAAAUGUCCGUGAGACAGUGGGAAAUGUCGCACAUGCUGUAACUGGACAAUUUAAGAACACAUUUGCAUUUCUCAAUCUCACUUUCGGGCAUGGUAUCAACCGGACCUCAUCCGUGGCUUGCAUGACUUGGUUUGGCAUGGAAAUAAAGCACUGGCAAAGAUAAAUUGGGCGAGAGGGCAUUUGGGAUAUUUAACUUAAAACAGAGAGAUUUACUUCUCAAAGCCGCUUUGUCUCCUUCGGAGGAAUGAGCAAUGUGUGUCCACCCUUAAAUUUCCACCCUUAAAUUUCCAAAAGUAUUGUGCAUUUGUUGUGGAAAAGCUUCCUUGAAACUGCUGAUCUGAACGUGAAAAACGGUUUAGGAGUAGAGUUUGAGAUCAGGUGAUGGGUACUUAAUGCAAAUUGACAGGACAGUUAAUGUAGUUUCUGAUAACCCGAGCUUUCACAGGCGUUAUGAUCAAUAAGGUUUUAUUGUCACCAUAGAGGUAAGUGAAUUUUAAGCCAAAGUCAGAAGGCUGCAUUCUCAGAAGCACCAAGUUUCUUUCCCCCAUUUACUUCUUUCACAAUGUCCCCUUGAAUGUUUCAGCUGGCCCUUGUAUCAAGAAACUCUUAAAUAAAACAUGCCUAGACAACCAGUAAUUCCCAGUGGAGGCUUUCGGUGGUAAAAAUUCUUAAGAUAGAAAUUUUCCAUCAAGAAAACCUAAAAAUGCCCCACAAAAAUGCAAUGCAAAUCGUAUACAAGGUGUCUGACUGUUAGCAGAGCAAUUCUCUUUCCACUGGUAUUUUUCUACCACUGAGUGGAAUGACAUUUCACUCCAAAGUCCCCACCGUUCCCCGGCCAAACUCCCCCUCCACCGUUCACCGUCCCCAGAGCAAACGCUUGGUUGCUUUCACAUCAUAACUGUUUUUGAAACACCUUUGUGAGUUGGAUGAAAUUUUUGAGAUGCACUUUUUAAGAUAAUUUGAUUUAUGUGGGACUGGGUGGCUUUUCUGCAAGCAUCACACCCAAAGAUAACUUUUUUAAGAUUGCUUUAAUUCCCAGAUAAUAUAAAUUUUAGCAACUACAGCCAGCCACGAUUGAUUCAAUCCAGAGGUGCUGUAAACAACCACAAUCAUUAGCCACUCAAGGAGGGUGGUAUUGAAAUAUACCUGUAGACAAGGCCAUUUAUAGGAGGGAGAAGGUUCAAAAUUACAAAUUUUGAUGUUUAGAUUUGGGAAAUUUGAUGGCCAUGGAAAAAAAUCCAUCCUUCAGAGUGGGAAGCCAAUGAGUUCACUUGUUAAUCUUUAACCCUUUUUGCACUUUUGUACACUGCUGCUUGGAUUAGUAUCCCAGUGUAGAAUUUUAACUAUUCUUUUUUGGAAUGCGAUUUAUUGUUUAAGAUAUAAUUUGUAUACCAAACUUGUAUAUCUGUUUACUUUUACUUUAUCUCAUAGGGUAGGUAUAACAGUUGGAUGAAUGUUCUUGAAUUUUGUUGCCUGUGAUUUUGAUCAUUGCAUUCUGUUCUGUCAACAGACACUAAGAAUUUGAUUGUCCCGACGAGUAAAAUAAAAACUCAAACAUGAACUUUGAAGAA